AAUUAAAAAAAAAAAAGAAAAGAAAAGAAAGAAGCAAGCAGUCGUCGGAUCUGAGAUAGGAUUUUUUAAGAAUUCUUAUCUGAUUUGAUUUCUGUUCAAGGUGUGAUUUUUGUUUCGAAGAAGAAAGUCGGGGUUUUGGGUUUUUUUUGUGGCUUUCUUUUUCCAUUUUGGCUUCUUUAUUAUAUACUUUUGUGGGUGCUAAGUUGAAUAAUUUAAUUUAAUGCUGCAAAUCUGACACCAUGAGGAAGAAGCUCGAUACCCGUUUCCCAGCUGUUCGAAUUAAGAAGAUAAUGCAAGCUGAUGAGGAUGUUGGGAAGAUAGCAUUAGCAGUGCCUGUUUUAGUUUCUAAAGCAUUGGAAUUAUUUUUGCAAGACCUCUGUGAUCGCACAUAUGAGAUAACUCUUCAGAGAGGAGCAAAGACUAUGAGUGCAUUGCAUUUAAAACAUUGCGUACAGAGCUAUAAUGUGUUUGAUUUUCUGAGGGACAUUGUCAGCAGGGUUCCUGAUUAUGGUCAUGGUCAUUCUGAUGCUGCUGCUGGAGAUGAAUGCCAUGACAGUGAUGAGGAGUCAAAGAGGACUAGAAUGCAUGACUUGGGCCAUGCAGGUACCAGUGGAAGAGGGAGAGGACGAGGGAGAGGGAGAGGAAGAGGCCGUGGGAGAACCCCUAGAAAUGUGGAAAGGGACUCUCAUCGUGAAGCAGAACCAGAGCCCUCCACUGCUCUUCAGCAAAUUAGCAAUAAUGCAAACCCUGAAGCAAUGAUGGAUGAUGGUUCUGAGUCAAAGGAAUUGGGGAAAGAGAACAUCGCUGCAAGUGAGGAUGCCAAUCAAGCUGUUCGAAAAUUUGAUCUAAAUGCAGAGGUAGAUGAAAAUGCAGAUGCAAAGGCCACAGCAAGUACUGCAGCAGCACCUGCACCAACGCCAGCUCAUAUCUCAUCAGCUGAGCCUGCUGUGGAGACUAAGCAUGAAGAAUACCCAGGUUGGUCAAUUUCAGAGAUGGACAAGAUGGCAAUUGACCCUCUCCAACUGACACAGAUGAGUAGAAGGUUAGAUGAGGAAGAGGAAGAUUAUGAUGACGAGGGUUAACUUGUGGGAACGAUUUCUAGAAAAAAUUAGUGUCAGUUUAGCACCCAAAGUAGCGAUGAUGCCAUUGGAGAAUGGAAGUGUAACCCAUGUAGGUCUUGGGAAGUAGUCAUAUAUUAUGUCUUUUGCUCUUUCUGUCUAUUGCGCCAUUUCUCCUUUGUCAACUUAUCUCUUGUUAUAGCAUUAGCCACUGCUAACAGCCUCCAGAAGUGUUAGCUGCUUUUCACAAUUAAAGAAGGCCUUUUUGUGAACUUCUCGUUAGUCCAAGGCAAGGAUAUGGUAUUCUUCUGGGAACAAAACUGCCCUCAUAGAGGCUUAGACAUCAUUUUAUGGUUUAUUUGGACAGUCCAUUAGCAGUAUGGCUUAUUUCAUGUAAUGCUGCCAUUAGAUUGCAUAAAACUAAAUGGUAUCCUCCGCCAUUUUCCAUAGUCCCUGAACUUUAGACAAUGCGCAGCACUACUGUUUCGUGUAAACAACUACCCUCCAAAAGGAAGGAGUGAUUUCAUCAUGCCAUCUUUCAUCCAUUGGAUAUUUGAACUCUCCGGACUAUCUUUCAUCGAGUAGGUGUAACAGUUUUUGUAUCCUAUCAUGCGUUUCAAAUCAAGUCUUUUUCAAGCUGCAUUUUUUUUUCUAGGCAGCUCCUAUGCAUUAAUAUUAAAUGCUUGCCUGUUUAGGAUAUUAACGAUAUUUGAUCAGCAACCUCAAUUGAGUCCUCAUAA